AUGUCGAUCGAUCAACAGCAACAACAACAACAGCAAGAGCAACAUGAAGCUAGAAUAGUAAGGAAUAUCGCUCACGCCGUGGAAGAAUAUGCGGCUGGCCUGACACGAGACGCCAAAUUCCUGAACCAAACCGAGAUUGAGAGCUCGGUGGCGGUGUUCCACUCGAGUGAGAUUGUACUGGGCAAACUCCUGGGAAAAGGAGGCUUUAGUCAAGUCUAUGAGGCAAGUACGUUUAAUCUGAUGCAAACACAGCCAUCUGCCGCUGCCUCGGAGAUGAACCUAGCAAGACGUAUUGUGGAGAGUACCGCCGUCGAUUAUCGCGGACAGGCAACGUAUGCCCUCAAGCACCUUGACAAGAAACUCUUGCAGAACCCCGAUGAGUUUUGUGCGGCAGCCGCCGACUUGUAUGUGGAAGCCAAGUACAUGAGCCGGUUCAAUCACCCCAAUAUCCUCAAGCUAAGGGGGAUGGCAAACGGGGGAACGGCCGCCUUUCAAGAAGGACGCUACAACAGCUUCUUUAUCCUCACGGAUCGACUAUCCGAUACCCUUGACAGUCGCAUCGAGAGAUGGAGCCGUCAGGGACAAAACCGACAAGACAGCAUCGUCGUCAAGUCGAAGUAUGCCCUUCAAGUGGCCAGUGCCCUCGAGUACCUGCACGAAAGACGGAUUGUGUUUCGUGACGUCAAACCGAUGAACAUUGGGUUCAAGACGGAUGACACGGUCCAGCUAUUUGACUUUGGUCUGUGCCGAGAACUGCCCGAUCCCAUCUCGUAUGAUGUCGAGGAAACCUUCAAGAUGAGCAACGCCGGUACCAAGCGGUACAUGGCACCCGAGAUUUACAUUAAUUCGUGCUACAAUCUCAAGGUCGACUGCUACUCCUGGGCAGCGGUCUUUUACGAGAUGCUCAGCUUGGAGAAACCCUACUCUCGAAUCUCCGAUAUCGAGUUCCAAACACUCGUGUUGGGACAAGGACUGAGGCCCAAGAUUUCCCAUCUGAGGCUACCCCAGAGUGUGGAUCUCCUGAUCCAACAAGCUUGGACACAGCAUGCUACCCAACGCCCCAGUACCAAGGCUAUCCGAAUCACUCUCGAACAGAUCAUUAGCCGAUGGGAACAAGAACAAGAAAUGCAACAGCAGCAGCAAGCUAUGGCGAUGCAUGUGGCGGCUCCUGUACAAAAUUCUGCCGCUAUGAUCACCACCCCCACUACUGCUACGAUUGCAGAACCACAACGCCCACCCGCCUUUUUCCGAUCGGUUUCUACCCCCAUGUACGACAGUGACACAAUGAUGGCACCACGCCCUGCCUCCAACCCCAUGUUUGCCGCCGGCAGUGGAAGCGGCAGCGAUACCAACAUGACAGCAUGGCAUGAUCCACAGUUGCACCAAGUACCAUUACCCCCCUCGCCGACUCAUUUGUUUACAUUUGACCAGGAUUUGGCAGCGUUUAACCAACAACAGCAAACCAUUCUCAAAAAGAAGAAUUCGACUGCAUCUGCCGAUGCUACCCUUACUACAGAGAACUCAACGGCUUGCUGGGAUCAAGAUCUCAGUAUUUGUACCUUUGACUACUCGUUAUCUUCUCUCAUGGAGCUGGAGAAAGAUCAAGCAUUGGCUAGCAGCAAGAGAACAUCCUUCUUGGAGGUUGGUGCCUUUGGUUUCGAUACCCCCAAAAACUAG